AUGAAGGGAAAAAGUAAACUAACAAGUAGUGCUCAUGCUAUUUUUGAUGAUGAAGAGAUGGGAUGUGAUAUACUGAGCAAACUCUCUGCAAAAUCAGUUUUGCAGGCAUGGGAAAAACAUAAAGUGUAUUUUUUUACAACCGACUUACCAACUGGAGAUGCAAGAAGAUUUCAGGCCAGAAGAAAGGAGAAUCAUUUUGCUGUCAUUCACACUAUAACGAAACAAACUCAAUUUUGUUACACCGAAAUAUGCGGAGCUGUGAAUGGUUUGAUCUGCUUCGUUCACCAUUCUAACUGUGUUGCUUGUAUAUAUAAUAUCAUCAUAAGAGAAGUAACGCCAUGGGUUCAAUCUACGUUAUUUGAUGACAUAGCAAGUGAAGAGAAUUGGGAGCGCCACCAGGUUGCUGAUCAUCAUACUAGUUUUGAAUUUGGAUUUGAUCCUGCCACUAAGGACGAUAAGGUGAUAUGUGUUUCGAGAUUUAUAAUCUCACCAGAGGCACAAGAGGAUGUUGGACCGUACAAAUCUUAUGAAGCUUGGGAGGUGUUAGAAUUAGGAGAUAAUGCAUGGAGAAGCAUUGAAGAGGAGUCACCUUUACGUUUAGGAUCACAUCCACUUUCUAUUUAUGUUAAUGGUACUAUCUAUCGAUUUCCUGGUCUUAAUAUUGAUAAUAAAUUUGGUCAAUACCUAUUGGCAUUUGAUGUUGGAACUGAUAAUUUCAGGAUGAUACAAAUACCUAAGUUUAGGGUCGUCUCAUAA